CCACCUCCUCGACGAGAUGAAGCUGACAGCAGGAAUGCAUGGUGCAGGCCGACACACGUCUUCAGCCGUCAUGUGAGCUGAUAACAAACUGACUUCAGAGCAGUGUGACAGAAAAACAGAGAGGACAUGAGAGGAUACAGAGCCAUCAAAUACACUUUAUUCAUCUUCUGCUACUUCUUCUGGGUUGUGAGCGCUGUCCUCACAGCGGUGGGCAUCUACGCCAAGAUCGCAAAAGAGAAAGAUGUGGUUGAUACCCUGACCUUGGAUCCAGCUCUGCUGUUGAUCGUCGUGGGCUCCAUCAUGUUUCUCGUCACGUUCCUUGGAUGUUUUGGGGCGCUGCGUAACGCCACCUGCCUGCUGAAGACGUUUCUGGGGAUCCUGGUGGCUGUCCUCCUCCUGCAGAUCGCUGCUGGAGUCGUGGGAUACCUCUUCACUGACAUGGUGAUGGAGAGGACGGAGAAGCUCAUGAUGAAGGCCAUUUUCCGCUACAGGGAGGACCAGGACCUGGAGAACGCCAUCGACUUCAUCCAGAAGAAGUUUCAGUGCUGUGGAGUUGAGAGCUAUAAGGACUGGUCCCAGAACGCCUACUUCGAGUGUUCGGACACUAACCCCAGUCUGGAGGCCUGUGGAGUUCCCUUCUCCUGCUGUGUUCACCUACAGAACCAGACGGUGUUGAACACCAUGUGUGGUUAUGGGAUGCAGCAGCUGGACAAACAUUCGGCCGCUCAGGACGUCUUCACCAUCGGCUGCCUGGAGAAGAUCGUCUGGUGGGCCAAAAACAACCUGCUGCUGGUGGCCGGUCUGACCGGUGGCCUGCUGCUGCUCGAGGUCUGCAUGAUCUGCCUUGCUGCUGCUCAGAUCUCCAGGAUAAAGAAAGUCCAGCGACUGAAGGAACAAAAUGCAGCCAGAGGAAGUUCAGAGAGGAAAGACAGCUACUGGUAUCCUGCGUUUGCAGACUUCGACGACAAUGAAACCUGACCGAGGGGACGGACACAGAAAAUCUCAUCUGAUGAGGAAUUAUCACUGAGUGUGGGUCAAAAACAGAUGAAUGUUGAUCAAAAGGAGAAUGUGAAUUUAAAAUGUUAGAGUUAGUUUAUUUCAUGUGUCUGAGGCUCUCACAGGCGGUGAAUGAUUUCAGGUGUUUGAACUACCUCAGCUAAAAGCCUCAACAUCAGAUUCAUCACACUGAACGCUGUAAAGAGAUAGGUCAAGAUAUUUUUAUAUGACAGAGAUUAAAUCCAUUUAUACAUCUGCAGGUUUGACUAGUAGAAGAUGUGAUGUAUGAACGAUGAGUGUGAUGUAUGAACGAUGUGGGUGAUGUAUGAACAAUGCGUGUGUGUGAUGU